CUGACGUCUUACAUAGCUGCCUCCUGGUCAAAAUACUUUUGUCCGUCAUUCCCCAGGACACUUGAACAACUACACCUCUGCGACUGCAAAAUAUCCGCUAUAAAACCACAGGAACAAGCGUUUUGGACCUCACAUAUCGGUACAAUGGUACAAUCCGAAAGCACAGGCAGCCCGCUGAGUGCGGACUCCCUUUGCACAUUCAUGGCCGCCAGCCUGCCCAAGUCCGCUGAGCACCAGCUCAAGAACGCCUAUGAAGCUGUCGCACUUGCCACACAUGCAGGUAUGAUUGCGGUUGGCUUCAGACUUAUUGGGCUAGGAGAAGACGAUCGCAUUGAAGCUUCCGCAGACGCACAAAACCCACAGCCAUUGCCCACAGAAUGGAACGCUACGAAUGCGUAUGCCUUUCGAUACGCGCACGAACAAUCUUCCAUGGAAUUUCUCGUCAAAGUGAGCAGGCUGGGCGGCAAGGCAGUCAUAUUUGGCCUGGCUAUUGGCGACGACAAAACAACGACGUUCGAUGUCACAGUGAAAGACUACAUUUCAGAAAACUCGCUGCCGGUAGCUGUCGUGCAGGAUUCAUCACCAGAGGAUCUUUCAAGGAAGUUACAGGACGUGUUCAUAUCAGCGGGUCGACUCGCCGAUUUUGGCUCGCUCCUAAAGCUUUCUAUCAUACAAAAAUUGGCUCCCGGAAUCGGCAAGCACGGUCAAGAGGACACAAAUACACACACUCGGGAUGAAACCAGUUCGCGAGAACAACCGCAGCGAGGAGAUGCUGAGCAGCCGCGUCGACCAGAGGCCGAUCCCGAACCUGCCCGCCCUUAUCCUUUCAAUGACCCGCUCGCUGUCCCACGGCAACCAGGACGACCCCUUCCCGAGCCUAUCCCUGGGUUUGAAGAUGAAUAUGAGGUCAAUGGGCCUCUACGGGGAGGUUUGAGAGAUGAUCGGUUCCCAGCCGGUAUUGGCCACAACGACCUGUAUCCUCCAGGUCUUGGUCCGAACGAUCCUCUGCGCCCUCACCUUGGUGGCCAAAUACCACGUCCUGGCGGUAUGGGUGGCGGAAUGCAUCCUACUUUUGACGAUCCGAUGUUUGGUGGGCAAGGUGGAUAUGGGGGAUACGAUCCGAUGGCACCUCCAGGGGCCCGCUACGAUCCUCUUGGUCCUGGAGGUGGACCGCGUGACAACCGUGGCGGACCGCGAUUCCCUGGUGGAGGUGGGUUUGGAGGUAUGGGUGGACCUGGUGGCCGACCACCAAACCCAUUCGGUGGCUUCGGUGAUGGCGACUUCAUUUGAAAGGCACCUGGGUAUGGCGGAGGAACAAUAUGAUGUCCUUGACGAUAAAUGUCACGAUUCUACGAGAAACUUACACUUGUAUCAUGUAUAACAUAUCAUACCCUUUAUAUAUAAUUAUCCACUAUAAUACUGCAGAGCUUGUUGCUGGAGUGAAAAUUUAUGUGACUAUCUGACAUGAUACAUUGUGUUGUCUAGGCUCCCGAUCACGACUAUAGUUCCCAACAUCUGAACUGACAAAGUAGGUAUGUAACUGUGUUUUUUUGUUCUGUUUUCAUAGUAAGGAUGUGUCAGGACUCAGUGUAGUAACAUGUCCAAUGUUUUGUUCUCGCUUAUGCCAAAUCCUUCGUGAAAGACACGGGAACCUCACCAAUCUACCUAUGUACAUAUGUAGGUAUCAAUGGCGAACAUGCUUCAGUGGAUUCAUUUGAAUUUAGUAAACAGUGUAAAUUAGGCAUUCGCUUGUCCACGCUACCAGUCAACAAUGGAACCUAAACAUCCAACGCCCUCAAACCAUCCCACCCGACACCAAGCCACGACAGCAACAGCAAUAACAACCCACAAGAUCCCAGCCCGACCGUUUAUCAGCCUUACCGGCCCACAAACUCUCCUCCGUCCAUCAUCUCCGCUCCAAGCGAACCCGCCUAUCGCCCUACCCGAGUGGGAGCACCGCACACUUCCUACAGGUAGAAUAGUGGGUAUGCAGCGGCGGCGUAGGUAUACUUACGGCACAGUUCCCAUGACCUUUCUACCC